UUGUCAACCUAACACUUACCAAAAUCAACCAUGGUGAUCUUGUCCAAACAAACCUCAUUCUUUAAUGGUGUUCCAUUGAUUGACCUCUCUAAACCCGACUCCAAGAACCUCAUCGUUAAUGCCUGCGAAGAAUUCGGAUUCUUCAAAAUCAUAAACCAUGACGUUCCUAUGGAAUUCAUAAGUAAACUCGAAUCCGAAGCCAUCAAGUUCUUCUCCUCUCCCCUCUCUGAGAAGCUAAAAGCAGGGCCUGCUGAUCCUUUUGGCUAUGGCAAUAAACAAAUUGGAACAAAUGGCGAUUGUGGUCGGGUCGAACACAUCCUCGUAUCGACAAAUUCUGAAUUCAAUUACCAGAAAUUUGCAUCUAUAUUAGGUGUCAAUCCAGAAAACAUUCGGGCUGCGGUUAAUGAUUAUGUUUCAGCAGUGAAGAAAAUGUCCUGUGAUAUUCUUGAAAUGUUGGCGGAGGGAUUAAAGAUUUAUCCGACGAAUGUUUUCAGUAAGCUUUUGAUGGACGAAAAUAGCGACUCCGUUUUCAGGCUGAAUCACUAUCCGCCAUGCUCAGAGAUUGAACGAUUGAACGAUAAUAAUAAUGAUUUGAUUGGAUUUGGAGAACAUACUGACCCACAAAUCAUAUCGAUAUUAAGAUCCAAUAACACUUCGGGGCUCCAAAUAUUACUGAAAGAUGGACACUGGAUCUCUGUCCCACCUGAUGAAAAUUCUUUCUUCGUCAAUGUUGGUGACUCAUUGCAGGUUAUGACUAACGGAAGGUUUAAGAGUGUGAAGCAUAGGGUAUUGGCAAAUAGUGUGAAAUCAAGAUUAUCAAUGAUAUAUUUUGGAGGACCACCAUUGAGUGAAAAAAUAGCACCUUUGGCAUCACUAAUGGAAGGAGAAGAUAGUAGUUUGUACAAAGAAUUUACAUGGUUCGAGUAUAAAAAAUCAGCAUAUAAAACUAGAUUGGCUGAUAAUAGAUUAAUACUUUUUGAAAAAAUUGCAGCCUCAUAAUAAUUUUAUUUUUGGUAUCUAAAAGUGACAAAGUCCCACCAUGUUAGGAAUUAUGGGUUGUCAAGAUGCUCAUUGUGGGCUUACAAAAAUAGAUGAUUGGAUUCCUAUAGAUAGCAAAAUUUGUAUUUUCUUAUACUGUUUUGUAACUACCACUCUUGUUAAUCAUAAAAAUUAAUUAGUCUU